AUGGAUGAUAUAAAAUCAGCUCUAGAAGUUGAGCUGGAACGACUCAGAAAAUUAGUCAGAAAAUACAGGACGGAAAACAUUGUCUUUGCGAAACCUAGAAAAAGUCGAAGUUUAGAAUAUAACAAAAUGAAUAAUUCCCAUCAGAACAGUGGCCUAAAUUCCAACUACAAUGAGGUUAAUUCUUCGGAAUAUGAACAGCCACUUACUCCAAAUACAUCUAAACCACGUUCUGUACAAUUUGCUACAUCAAAUGAUUGCUUUGAAAACUUAAACCAGCGCCAUGGCAUCGAUGAUAUUUCGCAUCCCCAUGAAAGGCCAGAAAAUAGAACUCGUUUCCUCAACCCUCUAAAGAGUGUUGGUAUGCCGGUUGCACCUUUUCCAUCAUCUAAUUACCUGCCAGAAGAUGAAUUUUACCGCACACACUAUCCACUUGACAGUGAGCUGGUCAUUGAGCUAAGAACUCUACGAGGUGUUUAUGAGCACACAGGAGGUCGUAAUUUAGCUCUAAUGGCUGCUCUUGAAAACACUCUCGAAGAAGCGUUAAAAGUAGAAAAAGAUAGGAGAUUAGGAAUGUUGGAUGACAUCAAUACAACAAAGAAGCCAGAUUAUUUUCGCCUGGAUAUGAAAGAGAUUACCGAUGGCAAGCAGCGGUGA